AUGGAGGCCGCGGGAGAAACUAAAUCGAUUACAAUCGAUAGCAUCAUUCCGCCGCGGCUGGAAGACGCCGGCCUUGAGGACUGUGCCCUACCGCCGGAUUCCAUCAGGGAGGCAUUUUUGAAGGCAGCCUCAGCCGUGAGAUCGAUCGUUUCGGACGAAGGCGGAUGCGUGGAAGAUCCAUGGGAAGAGUCCUCCUACGAGGGCUGCGUGGUGGAGAAAGGCGGCGGAUCGACGGAGGCGGCGGGAGAUAGAGUGGUGGUGGUGGGGGAUGCGGAAGAGAAAGUGGAUGCGGUGGUGGGGCCCGGUGUGCCGGACGGAGGGGAGAAGGCCUGCGUUGAUGGAUUGCAAGGGCUAGAAAUUGGGGAAAAGAAAGAUGACGUGGCAGAUGAGGUGGAGAAGGGUGACGAUGAACCAACCUUGGUUGAAGGCUUUGCUUUGUAG